AUGCUUGGAUCACCGAGCCAACGUUCCAGUGUAGCAAACGGCUCUUCAGCUUUCUUCCACAACGGUUAUCCACCACACAACCCCAAUCAGCCAUCGUACAGUCCAAUGAAUGGCAGUUAUAUGCAUCCUUAUGGGAUGCCUACUAACAGGAACGUUGCCCGAGUCCAAUCUUCAUCCACACCUUCAUCCUCACCGUCCACACCCGUAACAAUGGGCGGAAACAGGUCUCAACGUUGUGGGUCUUGUAAUGGAUGUACUAGUAAGCAAUGUGGUAAAUGUACAUAUUGUUUGGAUUCGCCAUUGUUUGGAGGUCCCGGUGUUAAAAAACAGAGUUGUAUUGAACGGAGAUGUCACAGAGUGAUGGAGAAUAAGCUACAGGUUAGUUAUUUUGAUUAUUUUUGGCUUUUAGGUAGCAUUUUGUUCAAAUAGCUGGCGGUAUACUAAGUUUUCUGCCCAAACUAUUUUGUAACAUAAAAUCUUGUGUUUUAGAGAGAAGCAGCUACCUUGAAAGUUCGCAGAGGUUGUGGACAUUGCCCUGAAUGUCAAGCUGCUGAUUGUGAUGUCUGUUUACCGUGCCAAGACCGAAAGUUCUUCGAUUCCCGAUAUCUACCCGGAGCUUCAUGUUUAAGGAAAAGAUGUGGAGAUACGAUAUACAUUGACAGUAAAAAUAAAGGAACGAAACGACCAAGUUCGAAUUCUUCUGAAGAACAAGACAUGAAGCGGCCAAUGCAUCAGCCAGUAUUCGUACCUAACCCACAACCAGCUUACUACCAACACCCACCUCAAGUCGUAUUUACUACACAGAAUGGACAGUAAGUUUUUACGUUACUUUUUGAUUUUUAGGUAACUAAUUAUAUUUUAUUUUAAAACGAUAAGCCUUUUAAUAGUUAGAACUUCUUAAAUACCUUUAUUCACCAAUCUUCUUUUUAACUCCAUCAUUUUUAGCCCUCUACCUCAUCAAUACCAACAGUAUCAGAUAAAAUCGGAGAUUCGGAACGAGAAUGUGCCGGUAUCGUCCAUCGCCUCUCAACCCCCAAAUGGUACGCCAAUUCAGAUGCAGUUGGGACAGAAUUCACCCAGCUUUGCUCCUCCAAUGGGCUAUGCCAUGUACCCACCCGGCCAAAUGCCUCCACCCCAGCCUUUUAAACCUCCCUACCACUACUUUAGCUUACCCACGCCUUUGGAACCGACCAAAGUCGAAAGUCUCGACCCGGAGAAGAAGGACGUCGACGAUGAAUACAUAGCCCCAUCGUACAAAGAGAAGGACCUAAUUGUUCUUCAACCCCUAUAA